UAUAAAACCACAAGAAACGAAGGUCUAACUCAAAUUCCAAUUAGAAUCCAAAUAUGAGCGCCGGAGAGUUGCCGAAAAAGGAAGUGAACGUAUUGAAAGGACAUGAAGGUGCUGUUUUAACGGCUAGGUUUAACGGUAACGGUGAAUAUUGUCUAACCGGCGGCAAAGAUCGGACUAUCCGUCUUUGGAAUCCUCACAAGGGAAUUCAUAUUAAAACCUACAAAUCUCACGGCCGUGAAGUUCGUGACAUUCACGUUACAUCAGAUAAUUCAAAAAUCUGCUCAUGUGGUGGUGAUCGACAAAUCUUCUAUUGGGAUGUAUCAACUGGUCGUGUUAUCCGAAAGUUUCGAGGUCAUGAUAGUGAGGUGAAUGCUGUAAAGUUCAAUGAAUAUUCGUCUGUAGUUGUAUCGGCAGGGUAUGACCGUUCAGUGCGUGCCUGGGACUGUAGAUCUCAUAGCACCGAGCCAAUUCAGAUCAUUGACACCUUUUUAGACAGUGUUAUGUCUGUUUGCUUAACAAAAACUGAAAUCAUUGCGGGAAGUGUUGAUGGAACUGUACGGACAUUUGACAUUCGAAUUGGUAGAGAAUUAUCUGAUGACUUGGGGCAACCUGUUAACUGUAUCUCACUGUCAAAUGACGGUAAUUGUGUGUUAGCAAGCUGUUUGGAUUCUACUCUGCGGCUUUUGGACCGAACUACUGGUGAAUUAUUACAAGAAUAUAAAGGUCAUACAUGUAAGUCCUUCAAGAUGGAUUGCUGUCUAACAAACAAUGAUGCUCAUGUAGUUGGGGGAUCGGAAGAUGGCCAUCUUUACUUCUGGGAUCUGGUAGAUGCGUCUGUGGUUUCAAGUUUCCGUGCUCACUCCUCAGUGGUAACGAGCGUUAGUUAUCACCCAAAAGAUAACUGUAUGAUAACUGCAUCUGUUGAUGGAUCAGUACGCGUUUGGAAAACUUAAGCACUAUACACCUGGUUUCGUUGAGUUGUAUGAACAUAAUGAGGUUCCUGUUUUUUAGAGGUUAACUACAAAUAUUGUUUGGAACCUGGAGAAGACCAUACAAAUAUUGUUGCUUCUACUUUCGUUAGAUCCUUUGGAACCUGGAGAUGACCAAGAUUUAAGCAUGUAGCAACAGAAUCAUCUUUAAGGUUAUUUACAUGGAAAGAUCAUCUUCAAAAUGCUGCUAAAUAUCUCAGUACAAUACCUUUCUUUAUUAUGUAAAAGAUAUUGACUACCACAAGUAGCCAAUCUGUUUCGCACCUUCGCCGUUUUUGGUCAGUCUCAUACUGCUAAAUGAUUAAUGUUUUGAAUAUCUCUAGAAAGCUAUGUUUUCUUAAGUUGGUUCUUCGGCAUAAAGCAAAAUUAGUAAAUUCAACCCCUUUAUA